CACCAUAAAAACCACAAGCCAAAUGACCAAACAAAAUACCACCACCAUUAUCGACUUACUCCUCCACUCCAUCGCCGCCGUCAUCAAUGCCUCCGCCACCGGCCAAGAUGCUAUCCGUCCAUUGAACGCCGUUUCCUCCGCCGCAAUCGUAGCUGUUUUUUUUUAUCAUUAUCGUCCAAAUGUCCAUCUCUUACUCUCACUCAACUCCCUCGGACAACACUUCUGGCUCUGUUGCUGGUGGCAGCUGCACUAGUUUGUCUUGCGUUGAGGAGACUGAUGAAGUGGUAACUUGGGAACCUGACACGUCUUCCCGCAAUCAAUUUCAAUGUCUGUACAAUUAUGCACCAUCCGAUGAGAAUACCAUUUCAAAACUCAUCGAUUUGGAACCCCAUCAUAUGCCUUCAUCCGAUUACUUCCGCCGUUGCCAGGACCGUUCAAUCGACGUCAUAUCCCGCCAAGACUCCAUCAAUUGGAUCCUAAAAGUACAUGCAUCCUAUAAUUUCAGCCCAGUAACAGCGUUUCUCUCCGUCAAUUACUUCGACCGUUUCCUCUCUUCUCAUUGUCUUCCGCAAGCAAAUGGGUGGCCGUUCCAGCUUCUAUCGGUGGCGUGUUUAUCUUUGGCAGCGAAAAUGGUGGAACCCCAAGUGCCAUUGUUACUGGAACUUCAACUAUUCGAGCCCAGAUUCGUUUUCGAACCUAAAACCAUCCAAAGGAUGGAGCUUAGAGUCAUGGCCAUUCUCAAUUGGAGACUGCGUUCCGUAACUCCCUUUGAUUAUCUCCAUCCCUUCAUUCGCGAGCUCUCUUCUUGCUCGACCCUAUUACCGGAUUCAUUUUCGUCGGUUAUCUCUGCUUCUUCGGAUCUCAUCCUCAGCACCACCCGUGUUAUUGAUUUCCUGCGAUUCGCGCCGUCGACCAUGGCGGCAGCCGCUGUGCUUUGUGCCGCCGGAAAGAGUUUUGACUUUCCGGCCGGUGACGCAUUUUUUCACGAUAGUGUAAACAAAGAAAUGGUGAGAAGCUGUCACCAACUAAUGGACGAAUAUCUGAUCGACACGUGUCUGAAUGAGGUAGGAUUUGAGCAGCCACCCGCUCCUCCUAGUCCAGUCGGCGUGCUCGACGCGGCUGCUUGCGGCAGCUGUGAUACGCGCUCCGAGAAUCUCAGCUCCAGUAGCCAAGAGCCGCCAUCCAAGCGGUUACGAUCCACUGCUCCGGAUGUACAGCAACCGUAGAUAAGACCCCUCCUCACUCCAUCAUCUCUCUCUCUUAAAAAACUUGGGACCCUUUAAAUGUCAUUAAUUAUAUGAUGGAUGGCCGAGAUCGGAUGAU